CCGAGCAUGCAGUGUUUUCCCAGCCUGGUGCUGGCGCUCAGCUUGCUGCUGGGCGCCCUGGCGCUGCUGCAGCUCUCGUUGUACCUCCGGGUACCAUCCCGCUACGGGAAGCAUGAGGAGCGGCUGUGCCGACCGCGGGGCCGGCUGCCUGCGCGCUGCGCCUGGUUCCUGCAGGAGCUGCCCUCCUUCCUCGUGCCCGCGCUGCUGCUGGCCCUACGCAGCCCGCCCCGCCUCGAGCCGCUCGGCUGCCGCCUCCUAUGCUGCCUCUUCUGCUGGCACUACUUCUACAGGACAUUUAUUUAUCCCUUCUUCACUAGAGGCAGACCUUUCCCACUGCAAUUGCUUUUUUUUGGCACGUUAUUCUGUAUAUAUAAUGGCUUCCUCCAGGGGUACUACUUGAUUUACUGUGCUGAAUACCCAAGUGAUUGGUGCACCGACAUCAGAUUUACAUCAGGCAUCCUCUUAUUUCUGCUGGGAAUGGGAAUCAACAUUCACAGUGAUCUCCUGCUGCGCCAGCUGAGGAAACCUGGGGAAGUCACUUACAAGAUUCCUCAAGGGGGACUGUUCACCUACGUUUCUGGAGCCAACUAUUUUGGAGAAAUUGUGGAAUGGUUUGGGUUUGCCAUAGCAACCUGGUCCCUACCAGCCUUCACCUUUGCCUUUUUUACUCUUUGCUGCAUUGGGCCACGUGCUUAUCACCAUCACAGGUACUAUCUCAAGACAUUUACGGACUAUCCAAAAUCAAGGAAAGCCUUGAUUCCUUUUGUUUUUUAA